AUGCUUCUCAAGUACUGCACAGAGCCUUGUCGUACAGAACUGGAUUGCAAGACCCGCGAGUUUCCGCACAAGUGCUCCGGCACGUGCGGUGAAUGCAUGCAGGGUCGUAUUCACAAGAGAUGCAACGAAAAAUGCGGGGUUCCUCUUGUGUGCAACCACGAGUGUCCGAUUCCUUGUCGACAAGCGUGCAAACCUUGUACUAGGCCCUGUCAAGUGAAGUGCGCCCAUAGCAAGUGCAAGAAAAAAUGCGGCGAACCUUGUACACCAUGUAUGGCCAGUUGUAAUAGAAAAUGUGAGCAUGUCCGGUGUAGCAGGGUUUGUGGAGAAAUUUGCGAUGUCGGACCAUGUAAAGAAAAAUGUCCAGAAGUUCGGAAAUGCGGCCACCCCUGUGUUGGUUUUUGCGGCGAUCCUUGUCCGAAAUUAUGCCGUGUCUGCAAUCGUGAAGAAUUGACAGAAAUUUUCUUUGGAACCGAGGAUGCAGAAGAUGCAAUUUUUGUUCAACUUAAAGAUUGCGGUGAUGUUAUAGAAAGUUCAGCAUUGGAACGCCACUUAAAUGGAAAUGAGAAUGAAAUUGGAUAUAAGAAGUGUCCAAGAUGCAACACUAAUAUUUCAAGCACUGAGAGAUUUAGUCAUUACAUCAAACAGUCAAUUGAUGAUGUGAUAAAAGCCAAAGAAAAGUCUUUUGGAACAGCUUCAGAAAACGAAGAUAUGCGUUCAAAACUCUCUGAAGAAUUAUCAAAUUUGAAAGAGAAAUGUACAUAUGUGUCAAUGGCUUGCCCAUCAUUGAAACUCACUAUCAAUACCCUACUGAACCGUCUACAACCAGUCAGAAGUAAGCGCCGUCAACCCAUAAACAAAGUGGAAUUAAAUGCAAUUAAAUCGAAAACGCAAACCCUCUCAUAUAUUAUCCAAUGCUUCAAAGAUGUCCAAAAAAUCUUCAAAAGUGACGACGCGUCAAUUGAACAGCUUACAAUGCUUUUGGAAGUGCUUUUACGUUCGGAAGAUCAUGUGACUCACCAAGAAGUCAACGAUUUGACAAUGGAAAUCAAACGAUUGCAAGGAAUAGUGCAAUAUGAUAAUAUUCACAAGUCAACUUGCUUCCAGAACGCUAUAACCAAAUCAGAUAUACUGAAUCUUAGAGAUUCCAUUCGAAAUGUUUUGUUUAAUAAUUCAAAAUACACUGACUCUUUGGAUGAUUGGAUUAAGCCAAAAUUGCGUGAAUUUGCCUUUAAAGUGAAUCCGACUUUGACUAUUAUUUCCGAUACGGAACGAAUUGAAAUAGUCCGAGCUAUGGAAUUAACCAAAGGACAUUGGUAUAAAUGUCCCAAUGGACAUCCUUAUGCUAUUGGCGAAUGUGGUGGUGCAAUGCAAACAGCUAAGUGCUUCUGUGGUGCACAAAUAGGAGGAACAGAUCACGCAUUAUUGAGAGAUAAUGCACUUGCUGGCGAAAUGGACGGGGCGACACGUUCAGCUUGGCCUGGACAUCUAUAUCGGGAUUAA